AGUAUUUGAGUUGAGUUGAGUUGAGGGGUGAGGAAAAAUCUGUUUUGCAUUUUGUGUUUGUUGUUGUUUGGUCGGAGAGAAAGCUAGAGGCUUUUCCUUUUGUUCUUUUCUUCAUUUUUCCUGAGAAAAUGGGGAGAGGUAGGGUUGAGUUGAAGAGGAUUGAGAACAAGAUCAACAGGCAAGUGACCUUCGCUAAGAGAAGAAAUGGCCUUCUCAAGAAGGCGUACGAACUUUCGGUGCUCUGCGACGCCGAGGUUGCUCUCAUCAUCUUCUCCAAUAGAGGAAAACUCUACGAGUUCUGCAGUAGCUCGAGCAUGCUCAAAACCCUUGAGAGGUAUCAGAAGUGCAAUUAUGGAGCACCGGAGACAAAUGUAUCCACAAGGGAGGCCCUGGAAUUAAGUAGUCAGCAGGAAUAUUUGAAACUUAAAGCACGUUAUGAAGCCCUACAACGAUCCCAGAGGAAUCUUCUUGGGGAGGAUCUUGGCCCUUUGAGCACGAAGGAACUUGAGUCACUGGAAAGGCAGCUUGAUGUAUCACUGAAGCAGAUCAGGUCAACGCGAACACAGUACAUGCUGGAUCAACUCACCGAUCUUCAGAGAAAGGAACACAUGCUCAAUGAAGCAAACAAGACCCUGAAGCAAAGGUUGUUGGAAGGAACACAAGUAAACCAGCUCCAGUGGAAUCCAAAUGCACAAGACGUGGGCUACGGUCGGCAACAAGCUCAGCCUCAGGGCGAUGGCUUCUUCCAUCCCUUAGAGUGUGAGCCCACGUUACAAAUCGGAUACCAGCCCGAUCCAAUAACGGUUGCAGCAGCAGGCCCCAGUGUGAAUAACUACAUGCCGGGAUGGUUGCCAUGACCAUAAUAAGAGGAGGAAGGCCAACCCUCACGGUAUGCAUGCAUUCCUUUGACAAAUGGGUAUAAUUUCUGUGUUGUAAGUUACAUGACAGAAACUGAAGAACAUGUGUAAUAUUAUGGGUAUCCACGUUUCCCCUAAUACACCAUAAAAACAGAUUCUAUUAUUAUAACUCUCCAUCCUUAGGGAGAACUGUAAGUAAUGUUUGUUGUGUGCUCCAAGCAUUCUGCUUCUUUCUUUAAUUCCCGCUUUUCUCCAGUUUGAAAAUAAUUGUUGUUUGCAUCUUGCCUA